AUGAUACUCAUUUACUCAAAUUCGGAUAGACAACUGCUUGAAUUUACAUUAACGCCAUCAACUUUCGAUUCUAAACCCAAGGUGGCAUACAAGUUGUUUUACAGUGGACCGCUGUUAUCAGUGCAAUUUCCACUUAAAUUCAAGAGAAGGUAUUAUAGACUAAACUAUUUAACAAUAUAUAAUUACGAAUGUAAUAAAUAUCUGUAUAAUAAAUUGAUUAGUCUACGCGUGCUAUCAUUGGAUAACAGCGAGAAUUUGGGAACAUCAGUAAUCGGCUCACUUUACUUGCUCGAAAAGAAACUUAGCGAACUCAAGAAAAAGAAAAUUAACCUCGCAGAUUACUUCGAUUACAUCUGUGGAACGGGAUCUGGUGCCCUUAUUGCGCUUUGUCUGCUUAAGGGCUACUCGAUGAAGGAUCUGAGAGUCAAGUGGAACCAGAUCGUUUCUAGCCUAUUCAAGUGGGCCCACUCGCUCCCUUCCGGAAUAAUUUUCGACUACUACUAUAUCGAAGAGUUCAAGAAGAGCUUUAUUAACAUUCUUGGAACAGACUUUAUGUGCUCAAAGUCAUAUCCACAUUGCAUGGUCACAUGCUCCAAUGUUAGAUCUAACCCCUAUGGAAUGUUUUUGUUCCGAAACUACGGAAACUCCAAAUUUGGUUCACUAGAUGGGACUUCUUACGCUCCCUUAUGGCUCGUAGGCUGGUCCUCUUGUGCCUUGCCUACAUACGUCAGGGGCCCGAGUAACUCUCACCUGACUAAUAUAGGAUAUAAUAUGAUAAACAAGGUCCACAUGGUUGACGGAUCAGUUGUGUCCUCAAGCCCAAGCCUUGUUUCACUCCAGGAACUAACUAAUAUUUAUAAUAUUAACCUAAGGACCCUCGUUAAGGAUAAUAUGGAUUUGUUCUUGAGUAUUGGCACCAGCAAGUCAGAGAACGACUCUGGGUCCAUUAAUUCCUCGACUUGGCAGAUUCUAUUAAAUAGCAAGAAUUUGAUGUAUAACACUCAGCUGCAGCAUAUGCACCUCACUAGCCUCUUUGAGGAAUAUGAAAACAAGUACCACAGGAUUCAGCUCCCUAUUUAUCCCGGCUGCAAGCACGGGAAGACCUCAAAAGAGGACGUGGAUGCCGUUUUGACAUCCACCAUUCAGUACAUUUCAAGACACGACAACAACCGCAUUGAGCAGAUUGUCAAGAUUUUAAAUCAAUAG